AUGAAAUACAUCCGUCCCGUAUGGCUCACGCAUAGCGGGGAGAAGAAGGACUUUGAGGUCUACAGCUGCCAUGUCUCGCCCGAUGGAAAGAGGCUCGUCACAGCGGCCGGAGAUGGAUUCGUUCGCAUCUGGUCCACGGACGCCAUCUUCAAUGCCCCCGACCCUUCCUACAGCAAACCCAAACAGCUGUGCUCGAUGAGCAAUCACUCCGGCACCAUACACUCUGUACGAUUCUCGGGGACUGGGAAGUACUUGGCAUCUGGGUCAGAUGAUAGGAUCGUAUGCAUCUACUACAUCGACCCAAGUCCGCCAUCUGAGUUUGCGACAUUCGGAAGCAAUGAAGCUCCGCCAGUGGAGAAUUGGAAGAUAAGUAGGAGGUUGAUCGGCCAUGACAAUGAUGUUCAAGAUCUGGGCUGGUCGUAUGACUCUUCGAUACUGGUCACUGUUGGGUUGGAUUCCAAAGUAGUGGUUUGGUCGGGCUAUACUUUUGAGAAGCUCAAAACGCUGGUCAGCCAUCAGAGCCAUGUCAAAGGCCUUACUUUUGACCCUGCCAACAAGUACUUCGCAACGGCAAGCGAUGACAGGACGAUCAAGAUCUGGCGAUUCACACCUCCUGGACCAAAUUCUGGCCCGCAUGAUCAGAUGAAUAACUUUCAGCUCGAAAAGACCAUAUCUGCGCCUUUCAUCGCUUCUCCGCUUACUACAUACUUUCGGAGGUGCUCUUGGUCGCCAGAUGGAAAUCAUAUAGCAGCCGCGAAUGCUGUCAAUGGACCAGUCAGCUCUGUGGCCAUUAUCAAUCGAGGUGCAUGGGACGGAGACAUCAAUUUGAUCGGCCACGAACAGCCCGUGGAGGUUUGCGCGUUCUCACCCCGGCUCUUCACAAUACAUGAUCCAGCCAAGAAAGCUUUCGAUCCAAAAACGAGCCCCGUGCACACCGUCAUCGCCUGCGCCGGUCAAGACAAAGCUCUCAGUGUUUGGAUCACGACCAACCCAAGGCCAUUAUGUAUAACGCAAGAGCUGGCUGUCAAGUCCAUAUCAGACCUUGCUUGGACCCCUGAUGGCAAGACGCUCAUCGUUACCAGUUUGGAUGGUACCGUAGUUGCGCUGGUAUUUGAAACAAACGAAAUCGGAUAUGAAGUCAGCUUGGACGAGAACGAAAAGGCACUAGCCAAAUUCGGAGCUGGACGACGAGGUGCUGGUAUCGUUGAGGGAACUGAUGGGUUGCUGCUUGAAGAGAAGAGUAAGGAAGGCGAGAUGCGUGGUGUCGAAGGUCGAAUGGGCGCUUUGAUGGGAGAUUCUGGACCGAGUCCGGCGGUCAUUACAAAUGGCAACGGCGUGCCCGUACAAUCUCAAGGACUUCUCACGAAUGGAGCCAGCGCGACUCCGGCUCUCACCAAUGGCCAAGCUCAUGAUCAAGAUGCAGCCAAACCUGAUGGACAAGCAUUGAAGGCAAAGGAAGACCCAAAUGCAGCCAAGCUCGAGAGACUCAAAUCACGCGUUACCAUUACGAAAGAUGGUAAGAAGCGCAUAGCCCCACUGCUCGUGUCAUCCGCCGGGAAUGAAUCUUCACUUCCUCGAACGCAGCUUAUGGCCUCUUCGAGCAACCAGGGUGCACAGAAUGACCAACCGCAAGUCAUACUGGAUUUGUCCAAGCCGUUCGAUGGCUUACCCAAAGGGGGCCUUGCAAGCCUUUUGUUGGGCAACAAGCGACGACUUGCAGCAGUCGAAGGGGUCGAAGACGAUCAUGUCGAGAAGAGAAUCGCCAUUGCAAGCCAGGACGGGGCGGUACCCAUAUUGUCGAAUACCACCAACGGACUUUUACCUGCAAAGAACACCGUGGCACCGGCAGGGCAGCAGCCCACACCGAACUUCAUACGACCCGCUGUGACUAACCCUAGCUUGACCGUCAGCCAAGUAAGACUGGCAGUCCCAAAGAUUCGUUCACACAUCGUGCAAUCUUUUGGAGGAUCUGGCGUCGCAGCCAAUGGAGGGAACGCGAAUGGUUCCGACCAAUCUACACAGACAGAAUUCAUGAUCGAAGCUCGAAACCCGACGCAGCUCUCCGUUACCGGAAAGGCACACGAUCAAGAGCCUUGCCGUGUCACCGUCACAAAAAGAGGCCAGCCAGUAUUUCAGGACUACCUACCCAGAAGCGCUAUACUGGUGACAGGAAACAAGGACUUCUGGUCGAUCGCUUGCGAAGACGGAAGUGUCUACGCUUGGACGCCUGUAGGAAGGCGGCUGAUCAACGCUAUGGUCAUGGAAAGCCAGCCGGUCGUUCUAGAGUGCCAGAAUCAGUGGUUAUUGUGCAUCACAGCUGGUGGCCUCUGUUACGUGUGGGACAUGAUUCAUCUCUCGUCCCCUCACCCACCUGUGUCGCUUGCCCCAAUCCUCGACAUUGCAACUCAUAGCUUACAAGAACAUCCGACCAAGGCUCCGGCCAUUACUGGCGCACGCCUAAACUCAGAGGGUCGCAUCGUCGUCACUCUCACCAACGGCGAAGGUUACGCUUACUCGCCGUCAAUGUUCGCUUGGCAGCGCCUUUCAGAGCUAUGGUGGAUGGUGGGCAGUCAGUACUGGAACUCGACGGACUCUUCUGUCGGGAACUUGAGAUCCACCUCUGCCCUCGGCAACGACAUGUCCAGCUCCAAUGUCUCGGCGGGCGUCAUACCCUUCCUCGAGCGAACUACCACCAACGAGACGCUAGCUCGAGGACGAGCGCAAUUUCUCCAUAGGCUUGUUAAACAGCUUCUCUCACGGGAGGGCUUCGAAGGUUUCGAGUCAGGCGUGUCGAUUGCACAUCUCGAAAACAGAAUUGCCGCUGCCAUGAUGCUGGGUGCCAAGGAUGAGUUCCAGGUGUAUCUCUACAUGUAUGCCAAAAGACUCGGGGUUGAAGGACUGAAGAUGAAAGUUGAGGAGUUACUACGGGGCCUGCUUGGAGGGAUCUACGAGAAUAUUGAAGGAGACAGAAAAGCAAAAACACGAGCGAAGAAUCCGGAGGAUCGACACUGGGGCAAUGAGACUGACAUGCUCUGUGGAUGGCCACGGCAAGAGCUCUUGAAGGGCGUGAUAUUGAUCUUAGGCAAGAAUCGCGAUCUGCAACGGAUCACUGUACCAUAUGCGAAGGUUCUCGGAGUUAUGGAGGAACAAGAGGAAGGAGGGGACACGAUGAUCUCUUGA